AUGUCACUUAAUCUUGUUAAUCUCAAGUUAUCUGCUCUAUAUGAAGCUGAAAAUCAUCAGAAGAAAGCUAAGAAUUAUUUCGAGUGCCAUGAUUUCAGAAAAGAUGAUCGUCUGACUUUGAUCAAUUGGAUGUUAGCUUGCGUCGAUCGUUACAAGGCUUCUAAGGAAGUCUUUUACCUAGCUGUUUCAUUAUUUGAUUUAUUCAUGUCUUGCAAAAAAUUACCUCGGAUUCCCCUAAAAAAACUGCAAUGCAUCGCGACGAGUUGUCUCUCGGUUUCAUUCGAUAUGGUAUACAAAGGGAAAACUUCUGAUGCGCAGGAGCUUAUGAAUUUAGUGUCAAGCGUCGACCCCGAAUCGUCAAAAGAAAAGCUUAAAAAGAUACGCAGUUUGAUCUAUGAACAUUUCAAUAUUAGGAAAUUAAUCAUUACUCCUUACACUUUCUUUAAUUACUUCCGGGUUAUUCUCAAAUUAAAAGCGACUCACGACUUGUAUUGUAUAACCAAUUAUAUAUUAGAACUAUCGCAAUAUGAUGACAUUAUCUGUGUCAAAUCUCAAUACAAACCGAGCCUCAUAGCGACAGCUGCUCUCCACACAGGAAUAAUAGCUUUGAAGCUUCAUCAUGAAUGGCUUUCUGAUUUAUCAAUUCUAACUCCUUACACUGGAGAAGAGAAGGAGUUAAUAUCUCUUCAUAAGCGUAUGCUGGAGUUACUCAAAGCAGCUUCUAAAGAAACGAAAUAUAGUUCAGCGCAAGCGAGAUACUAUGGAGAAGAAAACAACUGUAUUUCUCAGAUUGACUAUUCAAACGUUUAA